AUGCGUAAUUUUACUGCACUCGAAGAGAAAGGGAGUGUUCGUGAAUUUAUUGUUAAUGAUCUUAGCAAUGUUGGUUUACGUAUUGAUACAAAUAAACAUCGUAAUAAUAUAAUAAAUCAACCAUCACCUCAUAUUACAAAUAAUUCUAAACAACAACAAGGAUCUCGUGUAUUUAAUAUACCUCUUCAUCAAAUGGAUGUAUUCUCAUUGAAAAUAGAUAAUCUCGAUUUAACAGUACCGAUAUUUUUACGUUGGUGUUUUGAUUGUAUACGUCGUUCAAUUAAACAUGAAGGUCUUUUUCGAAAAUCAGGUGGAUCACAACGUGUCAAAGAACUUAUGACUCGAAUUGAAGAUGGUCCAUUAACACCUAGUCUAUUACCAUCCAAUACAGUAUUUGAUAUAUGUUCAUUAUUUAAAGAAUUUCUCCGUCGUCUAACAUAUCCAUUAAUUACAUAUCCAUUACAAGAUCUUUUACUUGAUUGUUUUUCAAUGCGUUCAUUAUCAUCAGAGAAAAAAGUUGAAAAUUAUCUUAAUAUUCUUCUACUUUUACCCGAUGAACAUUUACAUGCACUUAUUUAUAUCUUACGAUUUCUACAUGAAAUAACAUUAAAUGAACGUGAUAAUAAAAUGAAUGCAAAAAAUUUAGCUAUAUGUGUUGGUCCUGGCAUAAUGCGUACGGCAGCCGAAGGUAAAGCAAAUAUAAUGACUGAACAAUGUGCAACAAGUGUUAGUGAUAUUGUUGAAGUUUUAAUACUUAAUGCAACUAAACUUGGUUAUGUUGCUGAUUCAGUAUAUGAACGAUCACAAAUGCUUUUAGAAAUGAGACAAAAAGAAGCAGCACAACAUACAGAUGAAAGUUUUGCUAUUGAAAAUGGAAUAGAACAUGGUAUUGGUGGUGGAAAAAUAAUUGAUCCAGCAAAUGCAAAAAAACGACGUAGUGGUUCUGUUAAAGAAUUUCUUGUUCAUAUGACUAAUCGACUUCGUCGUCGAUCUGGUUCAAAUAAUGAUAGUCGUGAUCAAACACAUGCUUUUCUUGAUCAAAGUGGUAAAUUAUCAUCAUCUCAUACACGUGAACAUCGUUAUCAUUAUCAACAAAAUAGUACUAGUGGACAUUGUUUAUCAUCAUCAUCAAGUUCAACAACAACAACGAAACGAAAAUCAAGUGAUGAUCCAAAUGGUGGCAAUUCAAAACGAGGUAAAACAAAAACAACGUCAGAAAAAUCAUCCCUACCUGAUACAAAUCGUUUUACAAGUCCGAUAACAGCUUUUCGUCGAAAGAAGAAAACACCUGGAAGUAGUAAUGAUCCUGGCUUUCCUUUCAGAAUUGAACAUUCUCAUUUACCACAAUUAAUUCAAUUUACUGAUGAAGCAGCUCCUUCAUUACGUUUUGCUAAUACCGCCGGUAAUACAGCUUCAUCUGUUUCAUCAUCAUCAUCUUCAUCAUCAACAACAACACCAAGUGGUUCAAUGACCACAUUAGCAGCAUCAAUUGCUAACAAUGGUUCGAUUGUUCUCGGUGCACUUCAACCAUCAGCAAUGAUACCAUCAGAAACACAACCUUCAUUAUUAACAAAUACAGCACCUGCUGCAUGUAUUAAUAAAUCACUUGAUGCAAAAAAACUCAAUCUUUUGGAUUCGUGGAAAUGGCCAAAAUCUAGUCGGAAAGCUGAACGAAAACCUCUUGUAGCUAUUCAUGCACCUAUGUUAGCUGCUUCAACAGCUGAUUCAUCAUCACUCGCUCAAUCUCCUCCAUCACCUAUUAAACCAAUAAAUGGAUCAAAUCAAUCAUCAUCAUCUCAACAAGCCGCCGGAACUUCUUUAUUAAUGCAUUCUAGUUUUGGUGUUGCUCGUCGACAUUCCGAUGAUGUUGUUAGUACAUCACUUUCAACAACAGUAUAUCGUCCACGUCGUUCAAUUUCAUCCAGUGGUGGUCAACAACAAACACGUCAUGUUGUUUGUAUGCUUAAUAAUUAUUCACAUUCAUUACCAUCGAAUCAACAACAAAAUACAAGUGAUGAUGAUGAACAAGAUCAAGAAACACGAAAUACUCAAUCAAUGCCUAGUAAUCUUAAUCUAACUCAAGAAUCUUAUGAUGAUGAAGAAGAUAUAUCCAAUGAACUUAAUCUAGCUGUUGUGGUUGGAAAUGAAGAUAUUCAAUCAUUACGUUCAUAUCCAAAUGAACAAAUGACGAAUCAAGAAAAUGGUUCACUUAAUGUUGCAUUUAUUGAUGAAACUGAUUUAGAACGUCAGAAAAAUAAUUUAGAUGAUGAACAACGUGAUCAAUCAAAUGCCAUGGAUAUAGCAAGUAAUGAAAAUGAUACACUUUCACAAACAAUUGUAGUUAAUUGUGAACAACAAUCCAUUGAAAUGCAAGAUAUUUGUCAAACAAAUGAUCUUGAUGAAAUUUUAAAACGAAAUGAAAAUCGUUGUAUUAGAUUAACAGAUUCAGAUGAUGAAGAACAUGUUAAUUUUAGUAUAUCGAUGAAUCGAACAACUCCACCACCAGCUAAAAAAGAUGAAUUAAAAUCAACAACACCUAAAAUGCCAGUACGUUUAUCAUCAUCAAUUUCCAAUUUAAUUUCAACAAGUUCAUUAACAUCAGUAUGUAAAGAACGUUCAUUAUCAUGUUCAUUAUCACAAGCAACAAAUGAAUUAUUUCAUUCGAAAACUCUCGGAGAAAACGACGAGAAUAUUGGUAUACUCAAUGGUGGUCGAGAAAGUAUUCUUCAACUUAAAGGUGAAUUAGCAGGUCGAGUUUUAAGACAAGUACGAGCAUUUGAACAACGUUCAUCGGAAAAUAUACAAAAUCGAUCAAUUGUACCUGAUGUAUUAUCACAACAAAAAUUAAAUGAGAAAAAAGUUUUAACAAGUAAACCAACAUCACCAAUGUUAUCGACAUUAUCAUCAUUGACAAUAAUGAAUACACCAGAACAGAAUCUUAUUGAACAAGCAUUAAAACGUUCAAAUAAAAUAAUUUCAUCAUCGAAUGGUACCGGUGAAGUAACUCGUUCAGUAAAACGUUUACAAAAUACACCAAUACGACGAUGGAGAGAACGUGCAAGAGAGUUUGAACGACGUCAUCAAUUAACACCACCAUAUCGUUUAUUGAAUAGACGAAGAAAAUGA